AUGCAUUACACUCAUUUGGUCCUGCUUCUUCAGGCUUUCAUCGCCCCCUCGACGCUCGCUGCAUCCUCGAUGCCCUCGGUCUCAUCAGUAUCUGGGAACGUCUCCGUGGUAUACACCUCACAAUCCGGCACUCAGAACUCAGCAACUGCGACACCAACACCAGGCGCUCUGCCCAUGGAAAGCCAAUGCUCCGGCAACGCCAGCCUGACCAACUUCUGCCCUUCAUGCGACAGCAGCAUCAUUCCUUAUGGUCGCUUCGGCGCCUACGAAGUCGCUUGCAACUCCGUGUACACCAACGUGACAUACUACAAGAACAUCCACAAUGCGAGCGUCAUCCAGUGCAUCGAGGCAUGCAUGGACUUGCAAGAGUGCUAUGUGCCUGUCAUCUCGCCUGAGGGGAGGUGUCUGCUUGCUGUUCAGGAGUUGGGCGAAGAGCCUGUGCUUGCAAAGGAGGAUGGGUACGCUGUUCUGCUGGCGCGAUUUACGGGCGCCAUUCCGCCUUCUUCUACAACGUCGUCGUUAUCAACGAGUCUCCCAAGCGCCAUGUCUUCAACAACGCACAUCAGAACCUGCAAGGCAUCCGACAUCUCCUGCCCUCGCUGCCACGGCGCACGCGUCAAAGAUCCCCUCGGCAUCACAUACGAAGUGCACUGCAACCACCAACUCUACUCCCAACACCACUACUCGGUGCAAGAAUGGCUGACGCCAGAAGGCUGUCUAGCGGAAUGCGACCACCACCACUGGUGUCAAGGCGCCACCUUCUGGCCCGAAGGCAACUGCGAACUAGCCAAAGGUGACAACGUCUUUCCCGAAUACCACAAAGGCUACACCGCCUUCCUCUCCAUCGAUCCAACGUACACACCGACAUCGAUGCCCAACUCCGCGUUCCCUACGACUCUACAACCAGGCGCUAACACCAGCAUGCCCACCACCACCCCCACCCCCCCGAAAAUCCCCCUCGCUCCCGGCCCAGAAGUCAACUACUGCAACCAACACAACAUCACCUGCCCGCAAUGCAACGGCUUCGACGUGCACGACAGCGCAGGCAGAGAGUACCGCGUGGAAUGCAACCUGCAACCCAUCUGCGCCGUAAUGGAGGGGCGACACGAGCACGACACGCCGAACAAGUGCAUGUUGCAGUGCGGGGCGGAGGAGGGAUGUCAGGCGGCGAUUUUUGAGCGGGGGGAUUGCGCGGUUUGUAUGGGGGCGUUGGAGAGUUGGGACUUGUAUCCGCUGCCGCAUGAUUAUGUGGUUUUUGUGGCGGAUUGUGCGAGGAGUGCGGUGUCGAGUGCUAGUGUGGCGGCUUGGAGCACUUCUUGUUUGGAGACGAGCCGUGUGACGGCGAGUAGUACUUCUUGUUCUGAGACGAGUGGGUUUGUGACUGCUACUCGUGGGUCUUAG